GUGAUCGUGGGCAUCCUCCCACUUGUGCCCUCCCCCUGGCCCAGGUGCAGGAAUGGAACAUGGAGGCACCUCACCUGAUGCCGCUGCAGCCACCACUGCUGCCAGAGCGGGCACAUGUGCGGGAGGCGCAGCUCCACUCCGCCGAGGCCUCGCUCUGGACCGUGGUGGCCACGGUGCAGGCCAUGGAGAGGAAGAUCGACCUCCUGGCCACCCGCCUGCUCAGCCUGGAGGGCCGCUCCGGCACGGCUGAGAAGAAGCUCCUGGACUGCGAGAAGACGGCCAUGGAAUUUGGGAACCAGCUGGAGAGCAAGUGGGCUGUGCUGGGCACCCUCAUCCAGGAGUACGGGCUGCUCCAGCGGCGCCUGGAGAACGUGGAGAACCUCCUGAAGAACAGGAACUUCUGGGUGCUGCGGCUGCCCCCUGGCCCCCGUGGCGAGGUCCCCAAGGUGCCAGUGACGUUUGUUGACAUCGCCGUCUACUUCUCAGCGGAGGAGUGGAAGAACCUGGAGGAGUGGCAGAAGGAGCUGUACAACAACCUGGUGAAAGAGAACUAUGAGGCUUUGCUGUCCCUGGAUGGGGCCCUCUCCAGAAACGAGGCACAGCCCCGCAGCGAGCGUGGGGAGGGUCCCUGUGUCCCCGAGCAGCGGGAGCUGGAGCAGAGGGAGCUGCCGCCGGACACCUGCGCGGAGUCGCUGAUCUCCACCUCCGACAUCCUGUCCCGGAUCAAGCAGGAGGUGGCCUUYGUGGGGGAGCAGCAGUUCCCGGAGGAGCGGGGGAUGCCACCAGACCCCUGUGCAGGCGCGGACGCCCUGAUCACCGCGCACGACUUCUUGUCGUGGAUCAAGCAGGAGGAGGAACCCUGUGUCCGGGAGCCCUGGGAGCUGCCGGAGAGGGAGAUGCUGCCCCCGGCUCCUGGUCCUGCCAGCGAGGGGCUGCUGGUGAAGACGGAGGAGCGGUGCCCCCACGCCGAGCCCCCCGAGGAGGUGGGUUUGCCGGGCAGCUCCGGGGAGCUGCUYUUCCCCGGCACGGGUUUCGGGACCCCCGAGGGACAGGCGGCGGCGGUGCCCGCGGCGGUGGCUCUGCCGGCGCAGCACAGACUGGGCAAAGCUCCGGGCCCCGAGCCGGGCCCCGGGGCCGAUGCCGGGGGCGUCCCCGCGGCGCCGCCGGGCCCCGCCGAGGAGCGGCCGCACGGCUGCGCCGAGUGCGGGAAGAGCUUCAGCGGGAAGAAGAGCCUGCGGAUCCACCAGCGCAGCCACGCGGCCGAGCGGCCCUACCCGUGYGCCGAGUGCGGCAAGAGCUUCAAUUGCCACUCGGGGCUGGUGCGGCACCAGAUGAUCCACCGCGGCGAGCGGCCCUACAAGUGCUCCGAGUGCGGCAAGUGCUACAGCCGCAAGGAGCACCUGCAGAACCACCAGCGGCUGCACACCGGGGAGCGCCCCUUCGCCUGCGCCCAGUGCGGCAAGAGCUUCAUCCGUAAGCAGAACCUGCUCAAGCACCAGCGCAUCCACACCGGGGAGCGCCCGUAUCAGUGCCCCGCCUGCGGCCGCAGCUUCCGCUACAAGGAAUCCCUCAAGGACCACCAGCGGGUCCACGGUGCUGAGGCGGGGCCGCCGCCGCUGCCCCCGCCCGGGAUCCUGCCCCCCGGGGACCGCCGUCACGCCGCGCUGUCACGCGUGUCCCCCGCGGCGUCACCUCACGCRCGCGGGGAGGGGACGUGCGGCCACCUGCCCGGAGCGCUCCGAGCCCGCGGCAGRCGGGAGCGGCUCCGGCCGCCCGCGUCCCCCGUCCCUUCCCGCGGGGAUCCGGGUGCCGCCCGCGUCACCGCACACCGUCCCCCCGGGGCGGCCGCGGGCACUCCGUGUCCUUGGCGGGGCGGCUCCCGCCCGUCCCUAGCUGUUGGUGAGGAAGAGGCGUCUGUGUCGGGAGGCGGAGCCGCGCGGCCGCCCGCGGCGCCGGCCCCGGCCGCGGUUGCCGAAGGGGCUGCGGCUGGGCACGGCGGCGUCCGCCCAGCCGGCGCUCCCGGCCGGCGGCUCGGGGAAGCCGGGCUCGGCUUUGGGCUGCUCGAGGAGCGGGCUGGGGUCGCGUUGGGGCUCGGGGGGCGGCGGGGCCGGGCUCUGGCGGGCGCCGGCGCGCUCCUGGCGCAGGUAGCGCAGCUCGUCGCGGAUGUCCGUGAGGACGCCGAGCAGGCGGAACUGCAGCUCCCGGUCGCGCGCCCGCUCCUCGCGCUGGGUGGCCCGCUCCUCCUGCCACAUGGCCAGCUCCUGGUGGUACAGCUGGUCCCACUGCUCCUCCAGGUCGAGCAGGUGAUGGAUGCUAGUCCUCCAGCUCUCCCGGCGSUCCUCACGCAGGCGGGAGCAGCCGAGCCCGCGGGCGGGGCCGGGGGCGGCCGGGCCAUCUCCCGGCGGGGAGGCAGAGGAGGGCAGCGAUUCCUCGGUCAGGGCGCCGUGCAGCGGGGAGCGGGCCGGGGGCUCCUCGUCCGCCGGAGCCUUCUCCCAGACGCCGGCGGGGUCGGGGCUCUGUCCCGGCAGGCGCGGCACRGCCGAGCCCUCCACGUCGGGCAGGGCCGAGGGCUGCCCGUUGGUGUCGAUGUAGAUGCUGGGGUGGCUCACGCCGGGCUGCAGACCAGCGUCUCGGUCUCGUCAUUGGAGAAGUUGGCCUUCCUCUUCCGGCCAGACGCUGGCAUCGCCUGCGAGGCUGCGGCAGAGGUGGAAGGGGCACAAUUGAACCUCGGUCCCCACUCCUCUCUGUCAGCUCCUKGGGGGAACAUGGGGCUGCGGGAGCCCGAGGGAGCCGCGGAGGAGGGAGCCGAAGCAAGAGCCCCGGAGGCAUCCAUGGCAGGGGAGGCUUGGGCCGGGGAGGAUCUAAAGAGCCGCUUCGGCACAGCACGCGGCACGGGCGCACCGCAUCGCCUCGCCCGGCUCGAGAGCACCUGGGAGGGGAGAAAAGGAAAGGGCAGCGGUGUGCACACCUCGGGCUCUCACGACGAGCACGGGACCACGGCAAAGACCACGGCGCCCACCCCGGCCACCCAUGGCACCCUCAGCCCCGGCAGGAGCUCCGCACCAGCAUCGUGCAGACCCCGCAGCCCCGARGUGCCUCUGCCGCCCCUACGGUGCCCCAAACUCCCUCCGCAUCCUCGGAGCCCCCGGCAGCGCCCACAGCCGCGGCCUCGGGGCGCCCGGUGCGGGGCCCGGGGGGCUGCGCGCCGCCCUCCCCCGGCUUUGUUCGCGCUCCUCCGACCGGGGACAAAGCGGCCGGGCCGGGGCCUGCCCCGCGGACCCCCYCCCAUUCGGGAUCCCACUGCGGGGGGGUGCGCGGGGCAGGCACCGGCCGCGGCCCCAUGGCUGCCCCCGCCCCGCCGGAGCCCCCGGCCCCGGGGCAUCGCUUACCUGUGCCGGGACGGGCGUGCGGGGCGCGGGGGGCGCGGAGCGGGGCCCCGGCGGCGGCGGGAGGGGGGGGCUCAGGUCCGGCGGCGGGUAAUGGCUCCCGCCUCGGCGGAACUCGCCUUCAUUUCCUCCGAGCGCCGGCGCGGGCCCUGCGCGACACCGCCGCCCGCGGGCCCCCCCUGGCGGCACCGCCGCGAACGGGCGGGGGCGGGACCGGCACCGGGCACAGCCCCGCGGGGGGACAUCACACCGGGAGGGGACAUCACUCCGGGAAGGGACAUCACACUGGGACGGGACAUCCCCGCAUUCCACCCCGAGGGGACGGCAGGUACCCGUUGCGGUUGUAUCCCCGUGGAGAUGCCCCCGGAGCGAUACAUCCCUGUAUCCCGCUCCCGAGGGGGCCGAGGGUACCCCCGUGGGGCGCUCGUAGAAAGCCUGGAAGAGGUCUGGCGAGGUGGCCUGGCACUCCAGGUACCGCCGCAGCGUGGCCAGGCUUCUCCAGACCUCCCGCUCCGAGGGGCAGGGUGGCACAGCCGCCAGCUCRCUUGCGUCCUCGCCCUCCGCCAUCCCCUCGUCUCCGUCCGCCUCCGCCGGGUCACCGUCACGCUCCCGUCCGAGCAGGCCGGGCGCCGGGGCUUGUGCCAGCAUGUGCAGCACAUCCAGCAGGCUGGGCUGCCCCGCGCCGCGCUCUGCUGGCAGCCACCGCAGCAGCCGGCGCCGGUAGUGGCCCUUGAGGUCACUGGCGAUGCCACGGUCCAGGGGCUGGGCCAGAGCGGCAGCCGGCGGGAUGAAGGCCAUCCUGACGUUGGACAGCUGGAGGUAGGGGUGCSCCUCGUGCUCGGCCAGGAGCAGGAGGACACUCUUGCCCUGCCGCCGCAUCCCCUCAUUGAACUCCCGCAGCCACUCAGCGAAGAGCGGCGCAGCGAAGAUCUCGGCGGGCGYGUAGYCGCGGAGGAGACCGGGCAGCACCAYGCCGGCCCAGUGCUCCACCGUGGGCUGRUCCGCGUCCCCCUUCUCCGCUGGUGGCUUCUUGCUGGCGAGGCCGUGGCGAGCGCCCACGCGGGCCAGCCAGCCGCCGCUGGGCUCGGGGUCGGGCUGGGCCAGCACCCCAGCCAGGUGCCUGGCCCUGAGCUGCAGCAGUGGGCGGCCUGCGGGCAGGUCGGCGGCACGGGCACCCUCCACCCAGCGCAGCAGCGCGGCCUCCAGCGCCACGUCUUUGCCCUCCCGCUUGCGCUUGCGCUCRGGGUCACCGUUGUGGUGCCACUCGCUCAGGAUGCGCUCCUUGUUCUUGAUGAUGCGACAAAUCUGGGGCUGAGACACCCCGAAGCGCUUAGCCAGCUCGCUCUGAGACACCUUGGGGCCCUCCAGCAUCUCCAGCACCCGAACCUUCUCRGUCAGCGACAGCUCCUUCCGCUCCUUCCGUGGUGCUGCAGUCACUCCCUCCGCCGUGCCCGGGGAGCGGCCAGCGCAGGGGGCGGGGCGGUGGGGGCUGCCCGUGGCCCCCAGCCCYGCUGGCUCAGCGAGACUUCUCCCACAGCGGCCGCAGGCGUAGCUGAGCUCCAUGCCGCGUCCCAGCCGGUGCCGCACCAGGUCCGGCUUCUGCCCGACGCCUCGGCCACACUCAGCACAAUCCAGCGGCGGCUCCCCGGGCCGGCAGUGGYGGCUCUCAAACGCAGGGGGUGCGGUGAUGAACCCCCCAUUACCGGCACCRGGAUUUGGCUCCGGCUCGAGGACGCCGCAGUAGCUGCAGCCCCGUUCCCGCAGUGGGGCAAGGAAGUCGGCGGGGCCGGUGUGGCGCCCGGCGCCUUCCCCCCGCAGGAGCUGGAGUGCAUGAUGGAGCCCCAGGAGCUGGACCUGGAGCAGCCGCUGCCCGCCCCCGAGCAGGGCCCCGGCGGCGAGGCCGAGCUGCCGGCCGCCGAGAUCUCCCUUACGCUGGUCACCGAGAUCCAGGCCGUGGACAGAAAGGUGGACACCCAGGCCGCCCAGCUGAUGAACCUGGAGGGCAGGAUGAGGAUGGCAGAGACUAAGCUGAUCGGCUGCGAGAAGACGGCAGUGGAGUUCGGGAACCAGCUGGAGAGCAAGUGGACGGCGCUGGGCACCCUCAUCCAGGAGUACGGGCAGCUGCAGAAGCGGCUGGAAAACAUGGAGAACCUGCUGAAGAACAGGAACUUCUGGAUCCUGCGGCUGCCUCCGGGGGCAAAAGGAGAAGUGCCCAAGGUCCCCGUGGCCUUCAACGACGCCUCGUUUAACUUCUCUGAGGAGGAAUGGAAGAGCCUCAACGAGUGGCAGAAGGAGCUCUACAGGCACAUCAUGAAAGGCAACUACGAGGCGGUCAUCUCCAUGGACGCUGCCAUUUCGAAGCCUGAGCUGCUGACACGGAUUGAGCAGGGAGAGGAUCCCAACGCGGAGGAUCAGGAGGAGUCYGAGGGAGGAGAGACCCCCACGGACCCCAGCACUGAGUUUUUCUUCCCUGGGCCUGAUGACAGCUCGUGGGGUAAAUACGAAGAGACGCUGGCUGAAAGCCACGAGGGCUCCGAGGAAGAGGAGAGCAUGGAGGUCCCUGGUACAUACGAACAGCCGUGUGAUGAGGAAGGCUCCGAGAGCCUGGAGCUCUCCAGGUCGUUGACAGGAAAGUGGGAAGAGGUUUUCUCCAGCCCGGAGGAGGAGAUGCAGUCAAGCAGCAAGAGCCAGAGCGGGUCGGCCCCACAGCAGCGAACGGCGACUGGCAACGGGCUGAGGCGCUCGGUGCGCCGCGGGAGAGACUUGGCCAGGAAGGAUCCCGAGGAGGCGGCGGCUGACAAGGGCCCCUACAUCUGCUGUGAGUGCGGGCAGAGCUUCCUGGACAAGCAGCUCUUUGCUACCCACCAGAAGGCGCACGCCAGCGAGGAGGCCUGCACUUCCCUGGAGCGCAGCGAGGGCUUCCGGCAGAAAUCCAAAGCCAAGGGCCAGGGCCCCUCCCGCUCCAAAACGACCAAGCGCCCCGACGGAGAGAAGAGCUCGGGACUCAAGUACGGCUUCGUCAGGCACCAGGUGAACAACAUGGUGGAGAGGCCCUACACCUGCUCCCAGUGCAAGGAGAGCUUCAGCYUGGAAGUGAGUCUUAUCCUGCACCAGAAGCUGCACACGGGGAAGGGCGAUGGGCCGCUGACGUGCACCUACUGCGGGAAGGACUUCCGAGACCUCUCCAAAGCCAUCCGCCACCAGCGCAUCCACACCGGCGAGAGGCCCUACCAGUGCACCGAGUGCGGGAAGAGCUUCAUCCGGCGGGACCACCUGCUCAAGCACUGGCGGGUGCACACCGGGGAGACCCCCUACCAGUGCCCCGUCUGCGGGAAGCACUUCCGCUACAAAGAGUCCCUGAAUUGCCACCAGAAAAUCCACUCGCGCAACCCACGGCCCGGGGAGGAUUCCCAGCAUAACCUGGGCGCGGCAGGCACCCAAACCGACCAUUUCUGCGUGAAAAAAGAGACUAAGCAGUAUGUUUCCAUUCUGAAUUCUGUGUCCCUGAUCCUGCUUCUGGCUGUUACUCAGCUUUUCCAGUGGGGACACGGGGACGUCCCCGCCGCCCCUGGGAGCGCUGGGCCCUGCAGCGGCCCCCCCGCGGGGUCCCCACCGCCCCGGGGGUGUCCCCACUGCCCCGGAGAGGGAUCUGUCACCCCGGGGGGAGGUCUCUAUCAUCUCGGGAGAGUCGCCACUCCCCYGGGGGGAUACCCCCGCCCUGACCCCGGGCCCUUGUGUCCGCAGGCGCCGGAGCCGGUGCGGCCGCCGCGCUGCCCCUCGCCCCUCCGGCCAGCAGCCGGCCCCGAGCGCACCUCGGAGCGGGAGACGCAGACGGCAGAGCUGUCCCUGACCGUGGUGGCGGCCGUGCAGGCGGUGGAGCGGAAGGUGGAUUCCCACUCCACCCGUUUGCUCGACCUGGAGGGUCGGACGGGGAUGGCAGAGAAGAAGCUGAUCGACUGUGAAAAGACAGCGGCGGAGCUGGGGAACCAGCUGGAGAGCAAGUGUGCAGCGCUGGGUACCCUCAUCCAGGAGUAUGGGCUGCUCCAGCGGCGCCUGGAGAACAUGGAGAACCUGCUGAAGAACAGGAACUUCUGGAUCCUGCGGCUGCCCCCCGGCAGGAAGGGGGAAGUCCCCAAGGUGCCGGUGACCUUUGAUGAUGUGUCCGUCUAUUUCAAUAACAAGGAGUGGGAGAAGCUGGAGGAGUGGCAAAAGGAGCUGUACAAGAAUGUGAUGAAGGGGAACUACGAGUCUCUGAUCUCCCUGGACUAUGCAAUUUCCAAACCCGGUGUUCUGUCUCAGAUYGAGCAAGGGGAGGAAUCGCGGGGCAGGAACGAGCAGGACCUGGAGGAGAGCGAGAUCAUUACUGAUGCCACAGCAGCUGGAAUAAGAGUUGUGAUCAAAACGGAGGAGCUCCUUCCCGAAGACAGCCCCGAGAACCCCGAGCUGCACGGGAUGUCAGGGCAGUCCGAGGGGAGCUUCCAGAGCCCGGAUGAGGAGGCGCCCUGUGAGAGCCCCUACGGCUCCGUGUCCCCGCCGAGGGAACUCCCGGGAACCAGCCUGGGCGACUCAUCCGAGUACGGUGCCGACUUCAACGAGAUCCAGAGGGUCAUUGUCCACCACGGGAGCUGCACAGAGGAUGGGAUCGUGAUCAAGACAGAGGAGGAGGAGGAGGAGGAGGAGGAGGAGGAGGAGGACCCUGACCCACUGGAGCCAUGCACCAUGUUCUCGGGUCGGAGCGAGCCGCCAGUGUUUCCCAGCCACGAGGCCGGGCUGGGCUGCGAAGCGCAGUGCAGCUCCAAAGUGCAGCCCCGGGGCCUGGCCACCCGCAUGAGGAAGGCGUCGGCCUGCGAGAGGGACUCCGGGGACAUGAAGCCAGCCGGCGGUCAGCAGCGGAACCGGACGCGGGAGAGACCCUACAUCUGCCCCGAGUGCGGGAAGAGCUUCAUGCUCAAGAUCAACUUCAUGAUCCACCAGCGCAACCACCUCAAGGAAGGGCCCUAUGAGUGCCAUGAGUGCGACCUCAGCUUCCGCAACAAGCAGCAGUUCCUGCUGCACCAGCGCAGCCACACGCGCCGCGGCGUGGGGGUCCCGCGGCGCCCCGAGCACGGCCUCAAGCCCCCGUCACGGGCCCCACCCCCGGGGAAGCCCUACAAGUGCUCCGAGUGCGAGAGCAGCUUCAGCCACAAGUCGAGCCUCAGCAAACACCAGAUCACCCACGUCGGGGAGCGGCCCUUCACCUGCGGCGAGUGCCGCCGGAGCUUCCGCCUGCAGAUCAGCCUCCUCAUGCACCAGAGGAUCCACGCCGGCAAGAACGAGAUGGCCUUCCUGUGCCCCCAGUGCGGCAAGAACUUCACCCGGCCCUCCCACCUGCUGCGGCACCAGCGGACUCACACCGGCGAGCGGCCCUACCAGUGCAGCCAGUGCGAGAAGACCUUCAGCGAGAAGUCCAAGCUCACCAACCAUUACCGCAUCCACACGCGGGAGCGCCCGCACGCCUGCGCCGUCUGCGGGAAGGGCUUCAUCCGCAAGCACCACCUCCUGGAGCACCAGCGCAUCCACACSGGCGAGCGGCCCUACCACUGCACCGAGUGUGGCAAGAACUUCACGCAGAAGCAUCACCUCCUGGAGCACCAGCGCGCGCACACCGGCGAGCGGCCCUACCCCUGCACCGAGUGCACCAAGUGCUUCCGCUACAAGCAGUCGCUCAAGUACCACCUGAGGACGCACAUGGGAGAGUGAGGGGCUGCCGAAGCUUCCUCUACCUCCCUCCCUCCCUCCUCCUCCUCUUUCUCCUCCUCCUCCACUCAUCUCUCCCACCCUCCCUCCAUCCAUCUCCCCCUACCCCAGCUCAGGGCAUGGACAUCAAGGAAGCUUUGUGUGGUAGCGCCGCUGGUCUGGUGGAGACUCGGCUGAUUGGAAAUAAAUUAAUGAAUUAAAGCAAGCAACGCGCGGCAAAAUUAAAAGAUUAUAUAUAUAUAAAAUUAACAGAAGCAGCUGAUUUAGGGGGAAUCCUCACCAACAAGCAAACAAACCACCAACAAAAGAAGCCUGUACACAGGGUGUUUUGCCAGAGUAGGACUCAUAACUGCUUUUUAAAUCUACUGGUUGUUUUUUUUUAAUAAAUGUGGAGGAACUUUUUAUUUGAUAAGCAACCUUAGGAUGGGCAAGAUUUUUUUUUGUUUGUUUGUUUCGUUUUGGGGUUGUGUUUUUUUGGU